GAAACUAAAAUACCAAAACUGCAACCAGCACUGAUUUUAGCAAAACAACCACUGCGAUAUAUACUGGUCAUAAUGAAGUUUAGGCUCGGAUGACAUUGGUCAGUAGUUCAUUCUUGUUAAACUCGGACUUAUAUUUCAGUGAUUGGUUUUAUUAUAUGGAGCGCUGAGGACAUUCCAACAAACGACUUCAGCGAAUGGCAUCAUGGCGUAACUUAUCGCUGUGGACGAGUCGUAAACACCUGCAGAAAGUAGAGAGGCAGAUCACGAUUGAGCUGUCCAGGAGGCUGCUGUGUGGAUGUGUUGUUGAUGGUCAUGCAUUGUUGGUUGAAGUGUUGUCUAUGAUGGCCGUGUUGUCUGUCUCCUGGAAUAUUUCAGUUCAACAGACAACUUUAGAUCAUAAGCACUUUGCUCAUCACAUUCAUCGAACAUUUAGUGACUAGGAGAUGUGACACCAUUGAGAAUGGCGAUUGUAAAGAAAUGGUGUCACUUAGGAACUAUCACACCUCAGGUAUAUUAACCUCUAUCCAUUAGCCAUCUCUUGCUCUUUCUGCAGUAAAGUGUUUAUUUUCGUUAUCCAGUUCCUUCUGCCUUGAGAACAAGUUUUGAUUUCCAUUAUGCCAUAGCUCAGCUGGUAACAUUACUCGGUGCUAAGGCAGAAAUGUAAAAAUCACAAACUUCACUUCUUUAUCCAGCAUAUAUAAGUCAGACACAUGGCAGAGGUGAUGCAACACAGUUAAUGAGUGGAGAGCGUGAGGGGAGACAAUUACAAUGGAAGUUAGGAUCCGCCGUGCUCUGCUAGCCACUUCAGUAAGAUGGGUGGCACUCUGAUCCUUCCCUGGACGUCCACCUGACCAGAAUGCAUGGUGGGGGUGGCGGUCAGGGGCAGCAUCCUUCCCCUGGCAGUAAGGACUUCCAGGGGUCAUCUGAUUCUGAAGACGACGUCAAUAAUGGAGACCAUGGUCAAGUGCCACACCACCACCAGGAAGAUGCAGACGCAGAAGAGUCAAUUGAGCUGGAUGCUUCGUACCCCCCGACAGGAGAUUAUGGUGAUGAGGAUGAGGAGGAUGCCAUUGAGGUAAUGGUAGAGACACUGCUGGGAGAUUCUUACCGUGUGAGGGUCUCUCAAUGGGAUACUGCAGCAGGGCUCAAGGGACUCCUUUAUCGCACACAAGGAAUCCCGACCAGCCACCAGCACCUAAUUUUGGGUCAGAGAGUUACUCGAUGAGACGUGUCUACUGGAGCAAGGUGUUGUAGAUGGGUCCACACUGAGGCUGGUGCUGUCCAUGCGUGGUGGACCUAUUAAUGCCCGCCGACUUCCCACACAGGAGGAUAUACUGUGGCGUGAAGUUACUGAGUAUAUUGAUGUUAACAAAGACGACUUGUGGGAUGGCGUGGGUGGCCGCACAGUGACACUGCUCGUACUGAGGGACGGAGAAAAUGUUAACCUCUACAUGUGGAGAAUCAGGAUGGAUCCUUCUCACCACUCAAUGAAUCCUGGGGCUCCAUGGGCAGCAAUGCUCGGUCGGAAGAGUUGGGGAUUCAGGCAGCACAAAUAUCUGAGGAGGAAGUCAGGACCAGAGAUCGAAUGGCAGAGAUCAGGGCCCGCAUGGCUGAGAUGAAGAUCAGGAAUAAGAUGAAGAAAGAAAAAGGCAAGGUGUCCUCAUCUGUAAGAAGAUCACAGAGUCGUGGCUCCAAAACAGGGCCUGAGUUCCUUGACGACUUGUCCUCUCCUCGAUUAGAUUUGUCUGAGGGUCUAGUUCCCCGUGGUGGUGGAGGUUCCCGUCCUAAUACGCGACAACGCAGUGGAAAUAAGCAUCUCACCACUGUCAGCCGCCGAGGGGGGCGAGGAUCACGCCCAACUACACAGGAACACUCAGAUAUUCUCCGUACUAGCCUUUCCAGACCAACCUUGAAAGAACUGCCAACUGCUAACCCCCCUAUUCCAUAUGAUUUUAGUCGAUGGAAGCCUCUGGAGAACAUCCGUCCUCAAGGAGAUCGUAACCGUCUUGCCUCAGUAAAUGAAGACAAAGGGAGAGGACAGAAUAAUCACUAUGAUGGCUCCUAUCGCAAAUCAAUAGUAAAACAUGGGAAGGGAAUAAACUCAGGAAACAAUGGAAAUAAAGGUGAAACUGAUAAGGACACUCUUGAGGCUUGGCCAAGAAGAGAUGUCUCAAAACCUCUAUAUAUGCCGCCUGGAACACUUACAGGAUCUCACCGUUAUGAUGGUGGCCGUCUCAAUCGCUCCCAUAACCAAGAUCUUAUGCGUGCAGCUCAUCACACUGCAAACAACCGGCCAAAAACUUCUCCAGAGGUUUUAGAACGGCGGCCGGGGACGACAGGUGACCAGAGCACUGUCAGUGAGCGUAUCCAUUUACGUGCCCCUGAUGAACGUCUUCGUGAAUUGUGUACCAUUCUUGGUUCAUCAAGGGGAAACUCUCGACAAUCCCAACAUUUGGGGAGUUCUCCACCAGAGAACAAUUACCCUAUACCUAGUUUGUCCACGAGUCUAUCAGGUAGUAAUGGCUUGUCUCACAGUCACAGGAAUAAUUCAGUAUCAGUGUCUUUAGCCUCCUUACGAAGUCGUGGUGGGACACCUCCAUCUCCAGGGCCGGGUGCUCUAGUGGCCUCAGGAUCACGAGAGCAACGGGACGUGUUGCGAGGACUGAUGCGUAGCCAAGGGGGAACUUCCAGACGGACCACUCCUGAAGAUGCACGCUUCCCCACCCGGCGUCCAGGUAGUGGAAAGGCAGCACCUGGUCCCACCCAUCUUCCUCCUGUUACACCCUCACGGCGAAAGGGCCGACGGAGGCCAAAGUGUGAGCAGUGUUCCCGGCGCAUUGGUGUAGCAACUACCUAUGAGUGUCGCUGUGGGGGUAAAUUCUGUGCUCAGCACCGUUAUGCAGAGACACACUCUUGUACAUUUGACUAUAGAACAGCUGGUCGUAAUUUGAUUGAAAUUAACAAUCCUUUAGUGACCCCCAAUAAACUUCCUAAAAUAUAGAUAAACUAUGAAGAAAAUUGAUUUCCAAUAAUACGACAUGAAAAUUUUAUUUACAAAAGGUGCCUGAGUGUUCCACAACUUUAUACUUGAUAGUGACGCACAUUGCGUUAAUUGUAUGUAUAUUAUUUGGACAGUACAUACAGUAUAUUAAAAAUUAAUUAGUAUAAUAUUGAAUUUUGGGACACUGCACAGGGUGGAGUUAGUUUACACUUAAAUUGGAAAUCACAGUCCUAAUCAAAAACAUGCAUUUUGCGGUGUUGGUCAGGGAACCAUCUUAUUUAGAUUCUUGAUGUAUGAAAUAUGCAAUAGAAUAUAUGCUGUAUAUAUUUUCUAUAAGAUAUAUUACGUAAGAUAUACUGCAUCAGACAAACUAAGAAGUAUCAUGCAUAAUAUGCUCUUCGAAAUAUGUCAUGUAAGAUAUACAAAACUGCUCAAGAUCCCACAGCACCAGGGUAACCUGAACAGUUAAGAGCUGCUGUGUGUAGACAUCAGUUGCCUGAGAAAAAAUCUAAAAGUACAGCUGUCAGAGAUAGAUUCAUCAGCUGAUACUGUCCUAUAUCGACUUAGAGGUUUCUGGAGAGAUCAUCUACUAAAUUUUGCUAAUCUAGUGACAUUAAUGACAUUUUGUUAUUGCUUAUACAGGGAACUGAAUUGUUAUGGAAGGUUAAUAUUUUUUCUCAACCUGGACUUCAGUUGAUAUAUAUUUUGCUGUACAGGUAUAUCGGUUUAUAUUUUUGUGUUUCUGGUUCAACUUGAAAAGUCAAUAGGCCAUUGAACUUUUCCAGCUGUAAAAAAGAAUGGGUAAUGUAAGAUUAGCACAUAAACUUUUUUCACAGAUUUUUCUGUCGAUAAACACAUGUAAAUCACUGGUUGUGCCCCUCCACCUUACUUUUGACUUGUACCAACUUAUGUGUCUAGGUCCACUCAGCUCACUUAUUCACUCCUUAGAUCAUUCUGGUGACAGUGCUUCUUUCUUAUGUAAUACCAUUUCAAGGUGCCACCUUUUACUUCAUCUUGUCACAGUCCCAUAUCAUUUUUGUUACCUUAUUCUUCCUAUUUUGUCUACCCUAAACUUUACCCCUGUCAGAUAAUCUAUUCUAACUGUUAACCAUUUCUUAUAGCCCCAUAUUUUAUUACCACACAAGAAUGUGGAUUGCCCAGCACCUUUCAGCAAACCAUUGCUUGCUAUCACACUGUUUCUGAUUUCUUAACUUCCACUCAUACAUCCUCACUCAAAUGGUCUUUAGUUUGAUUCCUGACUCGAGUGGAGGGUUGGGUUCCCUCCCUUUAUGUUAGCUCAUGUGCACUGAACUGAUUAGUACGGUACACUGUCAGGUGUGUUUACUGAUGAUGGAACCACCUUUUGGUUGACUAUCAUCCUGCCAAGAGGGUGGAGUAACCCAACAGCUACUGAAGGUAGGAUAGCCAGAAUCAUGAACAACCUAGACUCCCUUUCCCUUAAUUUCAUUCGUUCUCUGUAAGUGCUGCAACAGAUGUGUUCUACCUUUUUUACUUACUUUUAUCCUCUUCACUGAUCGGCUUGUUAGUCGCUUGGGCGAUCGGUUAUGUCUCUGUUACUUUUCCUUUUCUUUUAUCCUCUUCACCAAAUAUCCACGUCUUCCCACAUCAUGUCAGAGUGUUGCAGGUGGAAUCUUCCGAGUGCAAUUAUCACUUUUUUAAAAUUUAUUUGUGGUUAUCAUUUCCUUUUCUGACUUCAAUGUUAUUCUCUAAAAUUAUUAUUUUAUACCUGUACCUUAUCUGUAUAUACUCCUUAUCUUUCACACAUCCAUUUCUCUUUGACUGUUACUUACUGCCCUUCUUAAGUCUUAUAUUAUUAAAUAUACUGUACUGUAUUGGAAUGAAAAAUAUUAUUAUUUUUUAGGACAAAUACGUGUGCGCACUUUCGGUAGUAUUAAACUGUCUAGGAGGUUCUGGUGAGGUGGGUAAUGUCACCAAUAGUGCCCAAAAUACACUAUAGUUAUACAAGCUCUACAAGUAGACACUGUAAGCUGGUGUGCCUGGGAAUGUGGCUCUUGUCCAGCCAGGGAAACAUACUAUUGCUAUCAUCUGUUCCAUCAUUGUGUGGUGGGUUCUGUGCAUCAAAAUAAGUUGCUGAUAUGCACAAAGUGGGAUGAGUCAGCGGAUGAGUUGCCUAGGCCAAAAGGAGUAUCACUAGAUGUUGCCAGAAGAAUAGAAUAAUGCUGUUAAUAGAGAUAAGGUCUUUAUUGGUGACAGCUGAGUAUGCAAAUACAGUGGGGUAUGCUAUAACUAAUCUAAUUGGUUCUAGAACCUUGUUCGUUAUAGCAUUCGUUCGUUAUAGGAUUAAUCCGUUCCAGGCCCCCAAAUACAACCA